AUGCACACCCAAACCCUCUACACCUACGCGCUGGUCGCACUUGCUAGUUCCGUUCUCGCUGCUCCGGUAGGAAUAUCUGGUACAGUUGCAUCCACAUCCGUAUCCAAGAACCUAGUCGCUCGCGAACCAUUUGUGGUUUAUGGGAAAUCUUUUGAGGAGGAGAGUGCUGUUUCGUUUGAGAAGGAGAGACGGGUGGAUGGAUUUGCACUCCCGGUAUCGAAAACACCGGUAAUCUCAAGAGGGAAUGAGGGAUCAUCGGGAUCACCUCCUAGUGGUCAGUCGUCGGGAUCGAACAAUGGGAAUGGGAAUGGGAAUAAACCUCCUCCUGGGCCUCGUCCUUCGAAUGGACCAAGUAAUAGCGGGGGCCUCCUCCUGGAUCGCCACCUUCGUCGAGUGGACCGGGAAAUAGCGGAUCGAAUGGAAAUGGAUAUGGACCUCCUCCUUCAUCGAACGGACCGGGAAAUAGCGGAUCGAAUGCGGGGGCCUCCUCCUGGAUCGCCACCUUCGUCAAGUGGACCGGGAAAUAGCGGAUCGAACGGAAAUGGAUAUGGACCUCCUCCUUCGUCGAGUGGACCGGGUGGUAGUGGACCAGGUAAUAGCGGUUCGAAUGGAAACGGUUCAUCGGGAUCGUCGAAUGGACAGAGUAAUAAUGGUCCUAGUGGUUCGAAUGACCCUAGCUCUGGGGGUCCUAGUGGGGGUCGAAUGGACCUUCGAAUGGAAACGGUUCAUCGGGACCGUCGAAUGGACCGUCGAAUGGAGGAUCAAGUGGAGGAUCGGGCGGAAAUCAGUAUUAAGGAACCAAUCUGA